AUGAGACGGGGAAGUGAAGGAGAGAAGAACUAUUGCACAGCCAAAACAUUGUACAUCUCAGACUCAGACAAACGCAAGCACUUCAUGCUGUCGGUGAAGAUGUUCUACGGGAACAGCACAGACAUCGGCGUCUUCCUCAGCAAGAGGAUCAAGGUCAUCUCCAAACCUUCCAAAAAAAAACAGUCCCUCAAAAACGCAGACCUCUGUAUAGCAUCAGGAACGAAAGUGGCGUUAUUUAACCGACUUCGCUCGCAGACGGUCAGUACACGUUACCUGCACGUCGAGGGAGGAAACUUCCACGCCAGCUCACAGCAGUGGGGAGCCUUCUACAUCCACCUCUUGGAUGAUGAAGAGUCAGAGGGAGAGGAGUUCACUGUGCGAGACGGCUACAUUCACUACGGCCACACUGUCAAACUCGUGUGCUCAGUGACGGGCAUGGCUCUUCCUCGACUGAUCAUCCGUAAGGUGGAUAAGCAAACCGCCUUGUUGGAUGCAGAUGACCCUGUCUCCCAGCUGCAUAAGUGUGCCUUUUACCUGAAGGAUACCGAGAGGAUGUACCUGUGCCUUUCUCAAGAGAGGAUCAUCCAAUUUCAAGCUACUCCAUGCCCAAAGGAACCAAAUAAGGAGAUGAUAAAUGAUGGUGCCUCCUGGACAAUCAUCAGCACUAAUAAAGCAGAAUACACCUUCUAUGAGGGCAUGGGCCCUGUACACACCCCCGUCACACCCGUGCCUGUGGUUGAGAGCUUACAGUUAAAUGGUGGAGGAGACGUAGCAAUGCUGGAGCUGACAGGACAGAACUUCACUCCAAAUCUGCGGGUGUGGUUUGGUGAUGUAGAGGCUGAGACAAUGUACAGGUGUGGCGAGAGCAUGCUGUGCGUCGUCCCAGACAUCUCGGCGUUCCGCGAGGGCUGGCGGUGGGUGCGGCAGCCGGUGCAAGUCCCUGUAACGCUGGUGCGUAACGACGGUAUCAUCUAUUCCACAACGCUCACGUUCACAUACACACCCGAACCCGGUCCCCGUCCACACUGCAGCGCGGCUGGUGCCAUCCUCCGAGUGGGCAACACCAGCUUGCUCUCCACGACCGGCAACAGCAUGGGAGGGAACGGAGAAGCGACUCCCUACGGUGCCAACAGCACAUCUAAUGCCAUCACAGCGUCGUCCUCUAAUGCAGCCGCGGCUGUGGUGUUAUAACACACGCAGCAGUGCUCACAAACUCACAAUGUGCUAUGCGUGAAACAAUUUCAACAGACUACAAACUGUUUGUAAAAUGCUGCAUAUUGAAUUUCAAAAUAAAAUCCCUGACACGGAAAACAAGGGAUAGAUAGUUGAAAAAGGCAAAAUAUUGGAGAAAUGGUUCUUCUGUGCCCUCUUGUGGUUUUCUCUAAGCAGCCGGUCUGGUGCUAGCAAUAGACGAUGCCUGAGAGGAAACACCAGCACCGAGGUCAACAGGUGUAGAAGACAUGGAGACAAGACCACAGCAAUGAUACAUCAGCCGUGUACAAAAUGCGUAGACUGAUGACUUCUACGUUUCUUCCUUGCGGUCUGUGUGUGUGCGAUAUGGUGAGAUGUAUCAUAGCCUGGGAGGUCUAAAGGUUGUGAGAUGACAGUUUUUAUGGACCAAGGAUAUUGUAUAAGCUUUAGUAAUGGUACAUUUUUUUUUUUUUUUCUCCAUACCUUUUUUUUUUAAUAUCAAACAUUAUAGUGCGCUUUUGUUACCAAAUAGGUUCUAUUCCUCCUCUGAGCUUCACCCUUUUUUUUUUUCUUCUGUAUAUAGCAACUUUCAU